UAAUAUGCUUCUGAUUUAAUUUUAACGAGUUUUGAUUCCGGUAUUCUGCUCCGUUCUCUACGAAAAAGAAGCAUUUUAUGGCUCUUUUCUACUUAGCCGGUUAAAAUUGAAAAAACAACAAUCUUCUGCACCAUCUUGAGAUUUCUUUGUUCAUGUUUCUGGUGCCCGCCAUUGUUCUGCUGUUUGUUUCAGCACUCAUUUGAUCGUUUGGACAUUGAAUCUUCCAAAGUUUUUGGUUUGAUCAACACUAUCUUAUACAGACUUGUGCUGGGAAGUUAUCUCACAAAUGAUGUCGUAAGCCAACUUCCCAGAUCAUUCACGAGUUCCAACUGGUCCAGGAAAGAAUGAGGGAGGCCCAGCUUGGUGCACACACUGUAAGGUCCCAUGGAUUUAUCGUUGUUAAGACGCACAAGCAUGAUUGGCUUAUCCUGCUCCUCCUUGUGGUGAUAGAGAUCAUUCUUCUUAUCAUCCAUCCAUUUUACCGUUUUGUGGGGAAGGAUAUGAUGACUGACCUCAAAUAUCCCCUGAAAGAUAAUACUGUGCCUAUAUGGGCCGUGCCUAUGUAUGCACUUUUGUUGCCCAUCGCCAUUUUUCUUGCCGUCUAUUUUCGUAGGAAAGACGUGUAUGAUCUCCACCAUGGAAUACUAGGCCUUUUAUUCUCCACAUUGAUAACGGCGGUUUUGACGGAUGCAAUAAAAGAUGGAGUUGGUCGGCCUCGACCGGAUUUCUUUUGGCGUUGUUUCCCUGAUGGGAAGGAUUCUUAUGAUCAUUUGGGUAAUGUCAUUUGUCACGGAAAGGCCAGUGUCAUAAGGGAAGGACACAAGAGUUUCCCAAGUGGUCAUACUUCAUGGUCCUUCGCGGGUUUAGGGUUUUUGUCAUUGUACUUAUCAGGAAAGAUAAGAGCUUUCAAUCGUAAGGGUCAUGUGGCAAAACUAUGCAUUGUCUUCCUUCCUCUUCUUGUGGCAUCUCUUGUUGGCGUUUCUCGAGUUGAUGACUAUUGGCACCAUUGGCAGGAUGUUUUUGCUGGAGGCCUCUUAGGUUUCGUAGUGGCAACAUUUUGCUACCUACAGUUCUUCCCACCACCAUAUCAUACUGAUGGUUGGGGGCCAUAUGAAUAUUUUCGUGUGUUAGAGGAACGUUCUAGUGGGCAACCAGAUGUUGCUGUAAAUGCACUCAAUGUGCAGGGUAUGCAGUUAGAGACUGUUCACCAACAGGGAACUCCAAGGGCCAAUGAUAUUUCAAUAAUAUCUGGUGCACAUAAUUCUAGCACAGUGCUGGAUGAAAUGGAAUCUGGGAGGAGGUAACCUUGUAUGAAUUGUAAUUUGGUUAAAGCCUAAACUUCUGCUUUUGUGCUAUUACAUACCUUGUUCUAAUGUAAAUAUGAGAAGACACUACUUCCUCAAUCAACCUUAUAUUCUCAAUUUUAUUUUA